CGCGCCGCUCGCCCGCUCCGCCAAUGGGAGCCAAGCCCCGCCUGUUGCCAGGCGGGCCCGGGGCAGAGCGGCCGCGGCGCGCGGGCGGGCGGGGCCGUCAUUUGAAUCCCCUCACGAAGGGCAGCGCGGGAGCGGCCGCCGCUCUUUGUCCCGCCCGGGCCGGCCCCGCCACCGGGCACCGCCCGCGGGCCCCCCGGCCCCUCUCCGCAGCCCCCCGGACACGCUGCCAGCCCCGCCCCGCCCGCGAAUUAGCACAACAAACAUCGUAGGGACCGCCCGCGCCAGCUGCCGCUGGGGGCUUCAAAGAGGUGAAAUAAUUAACCAGAAAAAAAAAAAAAAAAAAAAAAAAAAAAAAAAAAAAAAAAAGGAGAAACGCACAAAACAGCCCGCUGUGCGAGCGAGGGACGUCGAGAGAAGGGAUUCAGCGAACAAAGAGUAAAAUCCAGCCCCCCGGAGAUGGCCGCAGCGCUCUGAUGUCAAAUGGACGGUCUCGGGUUUGUUGAACCCAUUCCCCAGCCUGCAUUUAGUUAAACUAUUUAAUGUUUAAAUUUAAAGUAUUGAAAACGACGUAGAGGGAUGUUUCUGGUCAAAAGACAAGGAAAAGAUUCCCCAGGUUUAAAACAGCGCAGUGGCUGCAGUUUGUGUUUAUAUUCACAUUCUCUUAUUUUGCCUCAAAGGAUCAUUUUGAAGAAAAAAACCACAAGAUUUGGCUUUUACCAUGUGUAGGAUGAUUAAAAAUCAGGUAUACGUAAGAAAUUUGCACAUGUGGGAGUGUUCCCUGCCCACCACUGAGAGGCCAGUCUAGCAUUGUACACCACAUUAAAGCCUGAAAAAAGGAAGUUUCAAGGAAAAUGGAAAAGAACGAGUUCAGUUCCAACCCCACCAAGUCAGGGCAGUAUCUGUUAAAAACAACAGAUGAACAUUCAGAGUUUUUAUUUUGAAGUAAAGACCCUGGUUCCAUUGAGUUACCCUGCAUUUUUAGCUACAGGAAGGAAAAAAAUCCUGCUUUAUCCCUAAAACAAAACUGAUUCCUUACUGACCUGAUGUUACAGGGCUGUGACCCAACUCAGGACAAGGUAAAGACUCUAAAAAGGAGUUUGUAUUCAUUGUGAACUUAUUUAAAAAGCCAGCAUAUAUUUUAAUACACAAGACAUGUUGACAUACCCAAGCCCAGACCUUUGUUCCUAUUCCUUAUUGUGUGUUAGCACAAAGCCAGCUGAAAUUAAUUUGUUUUCCUCCCUUUGCUUUGGAUUUCUUGGCACAAUGUAAUGGCUGAGGUCCUUAUAGCAGCUUUUUUUGUCUUUAGAUGUAAGACAACAAUAUCUGCUGUAAGCCUGGAAAUUCCACUCAUUAAUUAUCAACUCUCCUACAAUGCACAUCAGCAGAUUUCUGCUUUGUUUCUAUCUCUAGUGUGUUUAUUUCUGCUAAAACACAAUCUCACCCCUGCGUGUGGAUGUUCUCAAGCCAGGACAUGUCAGUGGGAUUAAGAAACAGCAUUUUGCAGGCUGCAAAUGUUCUGCUCUCUCAUCUGGGGAGCACAACAGCGUGUACUUUUCAGUUCAGAACAAGGAUUACACAAGGUCUGGCUGUUUGUCCUCACUAUCGUUGAGAUAAUUAAAGAAACAUCUUGUCUUUCUGAGCUGGUUUUGGGGUCAGGCUGACACAUUUUGCCUGGGGGAGCAGGAAAUGUCAGUGAUAAGCCAUUCCUGUACUUGUGCAGGAACUGUUCCAGUGAAACAAAUUGAGCCAUUUGGAGGCCGAGCAGGAACACUGAGGGUAUUUUUUAAAUCAAAGGGACAAAUACCCCAAACACCACAAAGUCCAACUUGCAAAGUUCUGUGUUUCACUCUUCAGCGGUUAGAGCCCUGGGCUGGUUUCCUCCCCUGCAGUGGAAGGCAAGGAGAUGUUCCCAGAGCUGUGGAAACCACAACAGACAGAAGCACUUGAGUUCCUGCCACGUCCUAAAGACACAGCACAGACUGAAUCCUGAGGUUCUCUCUCAAUCCUUUAUCAUCACCACCCGAGAUUCCUUCAACAGGAGCUACUUCACUCCUUCAAAUGCUCAUUUUUAAACCCUCUUCCUUUUCAAAGGUCUGGAUGUAACAUUUGUGACUCCUAAGCAUGUGACACUACAUCGACCUCAGGUACUCAUGGGCAGACUGGGAUAUUUUAGCUGCCCUGAUGUCCUGCAGCCCUGCAGGUGCUACAGACCCAGUUCCAGAGGCAGAGCCCUCAAACACAGUGCUUCCAAACCACCCUGCUGUGCCACGUGAUGACACAGACUCGGUGACCUCCACUACACCCUCUCAUAACCUGUACACAGCACAGACAGGAGUUUUCUAUUGUGCAAGUGUCUGCUCUGUCUGGAUUAUUCCACUUCCUCCAGGUAGUCCAAAGACGCCUGCAAUAAAUCCCAGCUUCCCUCGUGUUCCCAGGGAGCUGCAUUACCCAAAUCAUCCUCAGCUCCCCACCAUGCUUCUGCUGCCACGGUGACAGCACCUCAAGGAUUUCCCCAACCACCUUUAUUUUUCACUCAGCACCUCCACUCCCUCUCGCAGCAACCAUUAAUCCAGCCCAGGGAAGCAGCUCCAUCUGUGCUGGCACUGCCACAACUAGCAAGUCCCAGUGAAGACAAAGCCUCCAGAGCUUCAUUAGCCCCAAAUUAAGAUGCUCCCAGCUGUGGCUGAGAUGGAUCUCAGCGCACACGUGCUCCUGCCCGAGUGUUUCAGUGGAGCUGCUGAGCGUGGAUGCUGCAGGAAGUCUGCAGCACGGAUGACUCAUUUGUUAAAUCAAUAGUGAACCAUUGCCCCAGUUUUAUUUCACAGUGACGAGUUUCCGGCAGUGGGUGACUUUCAGUAAACCCAAGAUGUUUACUUUUAGUGGUUCCAAGAACCCCGUGACACACUUGAAACUCGUUAGACGUUUCCAUCUGAGCCAAACAUUAACCAGAUCGUUAAUCUAAGUUUCCUCAUGAGGGAAACAUGCAUGUUUUCUUUAAAAUCUGCAUGAAAGCACUGGGUAUACAGUAGUGUUUAGAAUAUCCUUUAUUCUGCCUGGCAGAGGACCCGUGUUCAUUAAAUAGAGCUCAGGAUAUUCACGGCAGUGAGCUACAGGAACUGAGCAGGCAUUUGAACCUCUGCAGGGUAAAUAGAGAAGAGGCUCAAGAACCCAAACAAUGUGAUACAACUACACACUUUAAUCCCUUAAAUCUCCUUAGAAGUAUAUUGAUAUAAGCUUUAGACAUGAAUUAAGUUGGUGUCCACCAGCACCUCAGUUAGAUCAGCUCCAGAACAUGGGUUCCCUCCUCUGCACUGCUGGAGCUCGUGACUGUGAGAUCACAUCCAGCACUGACUGCAUUGUGCAUUGGUGUGUGGGGCACAGCACCCAGCAAACUGCACUCGGAGUGAAACCACCUCGGACACCAACAGAGCACUUAGCCAAACCCUGACCCUGGGGGGUUUAAAGGGCUUGUGCUGAAGCAGCUUUGUCACAGCUGACAGCUUUUCCCACUCUGGAAAACAAACACAUCCAGGCACGACUGCCGAGACACACCCUGUUUUCUGCCUCAACAGCUCCGCGUUCGAACCACACCGGCUCUGAGUCACAGAGCCCUGCAGGAGCCUUCAGCCCAUGUAAAUCAAUAUGCCUGGUUCACGUCCUAUCAGCAGGGAAAACAGUUUUACCUGAACGCUCCUCCUUCCAUAAGAGCAGCAGAGGUGUUUGUGCUGCAGGCCAGGGCACAGGAGAAUCCUUCGGACAAGCCCUGUUUGUUCUCAGGAGCUGUGCUAGACACGGCAGUAAAUCUGAGGGGUUUUUCUGAGCAUUUUCUCUAGGAGUGCAGAAGAGAGUCACUCACCGUGGCUCUCUGAGUCACACCUUAUCAAGGUGAACGGGGCCCGACCCUCAGCCCCAAUCUGCACAAAUUCAAAUUCAGCCCAGCAAACAGAACAAUCAGAGAAAGAGGAGCAAAUCCCCAUCCUCCCACAGAGCACAGACACGCUUCCAGCAGGGGCUGGUGUCUGAGUGUCCCAUCACAUGCUCUGUGUCCCAGCACAACCCCAGGGCUCUUCACUCUGCUCUGGAGACAGAAACUCCUGCACUACUGAGCAGCACCACGCUCACAGUCCCUUUCCCCAGCGCCUGCACAGCAUUGCUUCGACCCUGGGUAUGGGGUGUUCCCAAAGCAGGGUUAUUCCAGCAAAAAACCUUUACAUUACAGGAAUCAGCUUUGAUAGUUUUCCUUUAGUCUGGCAGGUCAAUUUUUGCUAUAAAUCAGAGUCAAAAGCUUCUAACUCUGCUGCCAUAAUAAUAUUUCUGUCCUAUAACACAUUCCUGUGACACAACAGUUCUCCCUGCAGACAGAGAAAACUUGGGUCCGUGUUUCACAGGAUGCUGCUGGAUGUGAAGCUGUGUUCCCUGUCAGGGCAGGGAAUAAUUUGGAGCUGGGUGCUGCUGUUGGAACUCAGGACCAGCAUUAAGAAUCUUUCUGUUUCUCACCUGCUCUUUACAAUCUCGUACCUCCUCCUGCAAAUUUCUCCGUUUGGAACGGGAAUGGAAGAAUUGUUUUUUGAGACAGAGCUGACAACCCAUCAUCUCCUGUGCUUACACCACAGCCCGUGAUGCCUCUCAUGGUUAUUGCGGUUUCCAGACCUCCUCCCAGCCCCGGAAGGGUCGGGCAGGUCCCUGCAGAGCCAGGGAACCCCCUUUUCCCGGCCGGGGGCCAGGAGGAAGCGCUGAGUUCCCAGUUCUGCCUCCUUCUCAAGCUUUCCCCGGCCGCUCUCCGGGUUUCCCUGGAGAGGGCAGCCGAGCACCGCUGAGCUCCGGCGGCUGCUGCGCACCUCCUGAGCCGCACACGGUGCCCAAGGGGAAGGAGGCAGAGGCUUUUGGAGAGGACAGGGUGUGACCGCUCGUGAUGCCACUGAAUGAGGGAACUGGGAUCCCAGCAGGAGGGAAAGUUGAGUUCCCAGCCGGAGAACCGAGUUGCUGGUGCUGGGAUAGGGCUGUGGGGUGGCUCUGUGGGUGGCAGAGAGACGUAAGGAGCAUCCAAGGGCUAAGGAGCAUGUCUUUGCUUCACCUCCAAGGCUCCCCACUACAGCCUCUAUGGUCUACAUCCAACCACAAUGUGACCAGUUCCUUUGGGAUUUGGGGCCAGCUUGCCUGUCCCCACUGACCGGUGAUAUUGUCCCUGGUGUCACCGGGCAGGGAAAGCUGUCCCUGCUUUCCAGCGGCACCAGCACAACCCAGCCCCAGGCAGCCGCUACCCAGCCGAGGAGGGAAGUGGUUACUGGAGGAAGGAUGGAUGAGAGCAAGUACAGCAGCGACCACAGUCUCUGCAGCCCCAGCUCCUUCCUGACCACAGGGAUUGUGUAGCUGAAGACCUUAAGGCAUUUUCCUUCCACCUGAAGAGAGAAAAUCAUCUUGUUCCUCUGGCAUGAGCUGGCUGUGUACAGAGAAAUUCAGGGGCACAGGGGAAUAAGCCAGAAUGGUUCAACAAACCCAGAUGAAACCAGAAGUGCCGUGAGAGGAGAGGGAAGCAGGCACUGUCUACAGCUGCACCAGCUGCCCUGAGAGCCGGAGCGAUGGGAAGCCCCAGAGCAUGGGUGGGGAGAGCAUCUGAAGAAAUGAAGAAGGAAGCAGAAGACUCUCUGUGAGCUCCCAGCUCCAGGUAACCACCAUGGAUACUUGCAGGAUACCUGCAAACACCUCCAAGUGCAGUGGGAAUACCAUGGAGUGCUUCAUGGUGCUCAGCACGCAGGCACAGAAGAUAAGCAUUGGCAUCCUGUGUGGCCUCUUUGGGACAAUGUGUGUUUUUGAGAACUCCCUGGUGCUCUACCUGAUUUUCUCAUCCCCUGGGACCAGGAAGAAGCCUUCCUACCUCUUCAUCGGCAGCCUGGCCCUGGCUGACAUCCUGGCCAGCAUCAUCUUUGUCUGCAGCUUCGUGAACUUCCACGUGUUCAACGAGGCUGGUUUCUCCAAGGAGGUGUUCCUGCUGCAGCUGGGAGGGGUGAACACGUCCUUCUCGGCCUCCCUCAGCAGCCUGCUGCUCACAGCCCUGGACCGCUACAUCUCCAUCAGCCGGCCCUCGGAGUACAAGCUCCUGAUGACCAGGAAAAGAGCCUGGACAGCCCUGGCGGUGCUCUGGGUGACCUGUGCCACCAUUGCUUACCUGCCCCUGCUGGGCUGGAACUGCUGCGUGCUGGAUUCCACCUGCUCCGAGCUGUUCCCCUUUGUGGAUGACAAUUACCUGUCGGGCUGGAUCUGCUUCGUCGUGGUCCUGCUGGGCUGCAUCAUCUACGCCUACGCCCAUGUACUCUGGAGGGCUCGCCAGCACGUGGCCUACAUGGAGAAGCACCAGGCACAGGCAGGGAAGCAAAACACCCGGAUGAGGAUGGACGUCAUGCUGGCCAAGACCCUGGUGAUGGUGCUGGCUGUCCUCAUGCUCUGCUGGUCCCCCGUGCUCGGGCUGAUGAUCUACAGCAUCUUCGGCAGGCUGAGCGAUCACCUGCGCAAGGUGUUCGCCUUCUGCAGCACCCUCUGCCUGCUCAACUCCAUGGUGAACCCCAUCAUUUAUGCCCUGAGGAGCAAGGAGCUGUUCUCCUCCCUGAGGAGGGUGUUCUCCCACUUCAGGAGGCAGCUGAAGGCUGCUGAGGAGAGCCCAGAAGCAGAGAGCACCCACAAGUCCUCCGUGAUAGAGACCGUCUGCGAGGACACGCACACCAUGUAGGGAGGUACCAGUGG